AUGUCUUCGGCUAAUGGAAUGCAUCAACGGAGACCACCACAAAGUCGUGAAACUGGCGAUUCUGAGCCCCAGUUAAAUGGUUUUGAUGAGGAUAUGGCCCGUUUUCAGAAGAUCUACGCAGAAUGUGAGGUACUGGAGCCACCAGAAUGGAAGAGUGGUCUUGAGCGUGGUAAAGGGGAUUUUGGUAAGACGAUGUUUCGACGACUAUUCCACUGGGGUCCUAUAAUUGCAAUUGCUAUCACACUUUCGAUCGGUUUAACAGCAACUUAUUUACAUUUGCAAUGGUGGCCAUUGAAUUCCGUUGGAGCAUUUGUUCAUUUGACAGUCUUCUUAUAUUUCAAUUACUCAGUACUGUCAAAUUUGUGUCGGUCGGCAUUUAUCGGACCCGGAUAUGUACCGUUGAAGUGGUCACCUCCUGAACAGGAAUUUGAAUCUCAUUUACAAUUUUGUGUUAUAUGCGAUGGCUAUAAGGUGCCUCGAUCACAUCAUUGUUCACGGUGUGGUAGAUGCGUCAUGAAAAUGGAUCAUCACUGUCGUAAGUUUGCACAUCAUUUUCAAGUAAUAUAUCAUAAAUUUACAUCUGGUGCAGCCUAUUUGAUCAUAUCGAAUUGGUUAACUGAACUGAAGAAAGCAUGGAUAAACAACUGUGUUGGUCAUCGAAAUCACGCAUAUUUUGUUCGUUUCUUAGCCAUGUCUGUUGUCGGCUGCACUCAUGCCGCGUUGAUAAUCUCGUUCGCACUUUAUCGUGGCAUAUUCAGGAUAUGGUUCAUUCAACACGGUGUUUACGAUGGACCAGAAGUGUUGUUAACGAUUUAUACGUUCAUACUGUCGGUGUUUGCGUUUGGACUUGCACUUGGCGUUAUUGUGGCCGUUGGUUUCCUACUGAUCGUACAGUUGAGAAGCAUUCAUCGAAAUCGUACGGGUAUCGAGGAUUAUAUUUUGGAUAAAGCGAACAGUUAUGAACGUAAAAUAAUCUUCUUGUAUCCGUACGAUCUUGGAUGGAAACGAAAUUUCCGUGAAGUGCUCGGCACAUGGGAUGGAUUGCCGAAGACGAAUGGAGUAUGGUGGCCGGUCAGAAGACCAACAACACAGUUCACGUUUUCAGAGGAACAGUUGACGCAGAAACGUCUGAAACGGCUGAAUGCUCGUGAAGUUCGGAUCGUGCGUCCGUUCGAAGGGACUUGCCUGUCGACAAUACUGAUCGGUGUUCGUGUCUUUUUGUGUCAGCCGUGCAGCGAUGAGGAGAGAAUAGCGGUUAAGGUUGGCGAACAUUGGAUGGUAACGCGAGUGAAUAAGUACUGGUUUUAUGCUACUAAGAAAGAGGCCAAAGGUAUUGCGAAACCGGAAGAAUCAGUGCGAUCAUCAGCAUCUGAAUCUUCAGAAACGUUCAGUUUAUCUGCGUCAACGGUUCCAAAUCAUCUCCAUCAUCCGCAUUAUAGACCACCGAGAGGAUGGUUUCCGAGGGUAUGCGCCGAGCAGGUAGAAUGCGAAUGA